UUGAGCAGGUCAGAUCAGCUGCUCGUCCGCCGGAAAGCACAUCUAUAACGGUAGAGAUCGGAGCGGUCACCGCACGCACUAACCACUCGAUCGGUCAGAAGCCCCAAGGGAGAUCUCUUGGAAUCACCAUGAUCUCGCAGCUGGGUCGGAUCAGCAUUAUUAGUGCGCUGCUUUUGGCAUUGGUGACCUUCGUAAUUGCCAGCAGUUCCGAAAAAACUGAACUCGAUCCCAAUGCCAGCUGCAAUUAUACUCUAAUCAAGAAAAAGACUUUUGGAGUGGAUCCCUCAUUUUGGAAGAAGUUUUUCACGCAUUGGGUACCAUUUACCAGUUCGAGAGGUAAAAUGCAAUUCAUACUUUUCAAGCGGGACUUUGCGGAUUGCGGAAAAGAAUUGUUCAUUGGCGAUGUGGAAAAUCUCAAGAACUCCGGCUUCGAUGCACGUCACCAAACGAGAAUUGUCAUUCACGGCUGGAUGAGUCAAAGCAAGGGUUCCCAUAUAAGAAAGGUUAAGAAUGCUUAUCUGAGCCUUACGGACCCGGGAUUAAAUGGAGAGCCUGCACGCUAUGAGGACUUCAAUGUUAUUGUAUGCGACUGGAGCAAAAUUUCUACGAAUUUAAAUUAUUACGAGGUGGCCAAGACGGUGGAGGAUAUGGGUGCUCUGCUGGCGGAUCUGGUACGGUUUUUGAAUCAGGAGGCGAAUAUGCAUUUCGAUGAUGUCUACGUAAUUGGUCACUCGUUGGGAGCCCAAAUCGCUGGUAGUGCUGGCAAGCAGAUACUGCCAUAUCGGUUUAACACCAUAUAUGCCUUGGAUCCGGCUGGUCCUCAGUUCCGAGAUAAGAGCGAUGAGUACCGAAUCGAUGCUAGUGAUGCCUCUUAUGUGGAAUCCAUUCAAACCAGCGUUAGUUUUGGUUUCGAGAAGCCUGUGGGACAUGCAACCUUUUAUCCGAACUAUGGAAAAAAUCAGAAAAAGUGCUAUGUAUAUGGCUGUUCGCAUAAGAGAUCGCAUGAUUAUUUUAUUGAGACCUUGACGAGUCCGGCGGGAUUUUGGGGACCCCGCUGUGAGCGUUAUGACAAUGGCACCUGGAUUCUCCUGCUGAGCGAUGGAGAAUUCCGGAUGGGUGGGGAGCCCUCGGUUCCGAAGAAUGGAACCUUCUAUGUGAAAACCUACUCAAAGCCACCCUAUGCGAUGGGUCACAGGUGGCAAACGGAACCUCCUCCAAGAGAGGACGAAGAUGAGAAUUCCACAGAAGAGUAGGAUGUGAUCUAAAUAAUUUAAAUAUUGUAAAACUGUAAAUAAAAUAAAAUAUAAAAUUUAUGAAACAAA